GCUGUCGCCACUGGGAGAACUACAUUUCCCAAAAAGCCUGCGAAGCCAUGCGAGCACCGGCCGGAAGGAGUCUGUUGCACGAGGUGUUGAGAGACGCCAAGUCUGAGCUGUCGGUGUGGUGGUCCGCGCUAUGCCCAAGGCCAAGGGGAAGACCCGGAGGCAGAAGUUCGGUUACAAUGUUAACCGGAAGCGUCUGAACCGGAAUGCUCGACGGAAGGCAGCGCCGCGGAUCGAGUGCUCCCACAUCCGACAUGCCUGGGACCACGCCAAAUCGGUGCGGCAGAACCUGGCCGAGAUGGGGUUGGCCAUGGACCCCAACAAGGCAGUGCCCCUGCGUAAGAGAAAGGUGAAGGCCAUGGAGGUGGACGUAGAAGAGAGGCCUAAGGAGCUGGUGCGGAAGCCCUAUGUGCUAAAUGACCUGGAGGCAGAAGCCAGCCUCCCAGAAAAGAAAGGAAAUACACUGUCUCGGGACCUCAUUGACUAUGUGCGCUACAUGGUGGAGAACCAUGGGGAGGACUAUAAGGCUAUGGCCCGGGAUGAGAAGAAUUACUAUCAAGAUACCCCAAAACAGAUUCGGAAUAAGAUCAACGUCUAUAAACGUUUUUACCCAGCAGAGUGGCAAGCCUUUGUCGAUUCUUUGCAGAAGAAUAAGAUGGAGGUUGAAUGACUGGUUUACGCCUGCCCCAGGCUGAGGCCUCCUCCUGGACCAGAGAAGCUGGAGCCAGGGUUUAAGGCAAGGAGGGGUGUGUGGCUACAGAUGAGGCUGGCCAAACCUCAUGGAAUCAAAAGCGUAUACACACACACUCUCAUACUCCCCUCUCUGGGGAAGGAACUGUCUCCCAGAGGCUCCAGUUUACAUUCUGAGGGCUCUGGGAAAAUCUAGCACCUGCUGUUCCCAGAGUGGCUGGUUUGUUUGAAUGUAGUCUGUACAUAAUAAAACAAAGCUAUUGUA